CCACCAAGAGCUGCGUGUCAUUCAACUCACAGCCAACCUGCUGCCAUAAACAAAGUAACAAUUAUUGUAUAUACUUUUACAACGCGCAAAUCUGUCUAUGUUUGACCUUUAACAACUAAUGUAAGUUUAUUUUUCGUGGAACACUCCUAACUUGCUUGAAGAACAAAACAGCUGGAGGGUUUUAGUGCAGCUUUACGGAAGCCGGUGUUACUUUGUUAAACAUGGCUGACGACUUUGGCUUUUCGGCUUCCGACAACGGAGUUCAUGCAGAAGAAGAUCCGGCCGCGGCGUUUCUGGCGCAGCAGCAGAACGAGAUCGCCGUGAUCGAGAACGACAGCGCCGGGUUCAGUGCGCUGGAGGACGGCGGACCUCCGCCCGCGAACACCUACACGUCGUUCGGAGGUGAUUUUGGAGAAGCACCAGCUACUGCUGUAAACGGAGAUAUGUUUCAAGACACCAACGGCACAACAGACAGCUACUCAGCCAUUGCCCAAGUCGACAUACAGAGACAAGAACCUGAAAGCCUUCGCAAAUGGAGGGAGGAACAAAAGGCUCGGCUGGAGGAAUUAGAUGCAGCUUCUAAAGCAGCUGAGGCUGUGUGGAGGGAAAAGGCCCGGAAGGAACUAGAGGACUGGCAAGUACACCAGAGUGAACAGAUGGAGAAGAAUAAAGCCAACAACAGGAUCGCUGAUAAGACUUUCUACAAACAGCCCAACUCCGAUGCCAUUGACUUUGUAGUGUCAGAGGAGGCCUUCCUCAAGGACUGCGAUGAUGACAGACCUGGAACAGAAUGGGACAAAGUGGCCCGACUAUGCGACUUUAACCCCAAAACCAGCCGUCAGACUAAAGACGUGUCUCGGAUGCGCUCUGUUCUUAUUUCUCUAAAACAAAUGCCCCUGCUUCGCUAACAUAACUCCCUCUUGUAUUUCCUAGGCUUUCUUUCUUGUUCCCUCUUGCACUUUAUUUUAG